AUGGGAGCAACGAGCAGCGGCCCCGGCCCGGCCCCAGUUCCUGUGCGGACCCCCCAGAGCCGCGCCGUGGGGUCGUGGGUGCGGGCACUGCUGGGCCGCGCCGGGUCGGUACCGGUACCGGGGUCGGGGCUCGCGCUGGCCCCGCGGGACCCCACCGAGGAGUCGCCGUUGCCUGGGUGGCCGCUGCCGCAUCUCGUCUCGCUUUUCCUGCCGGAGUUCCCGGUCCGCCCCUCCGCCCGCCAGCCGCAGCUCAAGAUACUGGGUUUUGUGGCCAAAGGCUCCUUUGGGACCAUCCUCAAAGUGCUGGACUGCAGGCGGGAGAAGGUCUGCGCUGUGAAGGUCGUGCCUAAAGUGGAGGUGCUGCGCCGUGACACCCUCAAGCAGUGCAAGGAAGAAGUCAGCAUCCAGAGACAGGUCAGGCACCCCUUUGUCCAUGGACUGGGGGACAGCUGGCAGGGCCAGAGCCACCUCUUCAUCAUGUGCCCCUACUGCAGCACUGGAGACCUGUAUGCACUGUGGCGUGCUGCUGGGAGCUUCACCGAGGCCACUGUCCGUCUGUUUGCUGCUGAGCUUGUGCUGGUGCUGGUGUACCUCCAUGACGUAGGCAUCAUGCACAGAGACGUGAAGAUGGAGAACAUCCUUCUAGACGAGAGAGGGCACCUCAAGCUCACUGACUUUGGCCUCUCACGGCACCUGCGGUGGGGUGAGCGAGCCCACACUAUCUGUGGCACCCUGCAGUACAUGGCCCCGGAGGUGCUGAGUGGGGGCCCCUACAGCCACGCAGCUGACUGGUGGUCCCUGGGAGUCCUGCUCUUUGCCCUGGCCAGUGGGGAGUUCCCCGUGGCACCAGCAGAGGACCAUACGGCCAUGCUGGAGCGUGUCAAAGAGAGCAGCUAUGAGAGCCCACCUACGUUCAGUCCUGCGCUGGCCCGGCUGCUUGCCGAGCUGUUGUGCCACAACCCCCUGCGCCGCCUGCGCUACCUCCACCACUUCCAGGGCCAUCCCUUCUUCCGCGGGGUAGCCUUCGACGCUGACCUGCUGCAGAAGGACCCGGUGGCAGUGGCAGUGGCCUCACGCCCCUCCGAGCAGCCCCCACCUGACCCUGCCGUCUUCGCUGACUUCGACUGCGACCUCGUGGCCUCCCCGGGACGGCCCUGGCCUGGCUGA